UCUUGAAGACUAACUAUAAAAACCGGCUCUGGGUAUCCUCGCCAUUGCCAGAAGUCAACAACCUACCAAGAAAUAAGAAUUGUCAAUCAUAUAUACACAUAAGAUUCGGCGAUCUUUUUCCGGUGACCCGAUCAUCCUGAAGAAUUGGCUUUCGCUUUCAGGUGAGAAAUUGAGAGAUGGCAGAGGACAGGGAGAGGGAACAAGAGUUAGAGUGGCUUGCAGCACAGAAUAUUUCUAUAAGUGUAAACCUUGUGGCAGCAGCCAAAAGGCAGCUUCAGUUCCUUGCAGCGGUUGAUCGGAAUCGUUGUCUAUAUGAAGGUCCUGCCCUUGAAAGGGCCAUCUAUAGGUACAACACUUGUUGGCUUCCCUUGCUUGCCAAGCAUUCUGAAAUUUCCAAAGGGCCUUUGGUUGCUCCUCUUGACUGUGAAUGGAUUUGGCAUUGCCACAGGCUUAACCCAGUUAGGUACAAGUCCGACUGCGAGGAAUUUUUUGGAAGGGUUCUGGAUUCUUCUAAUGUUGUAUCUUCUCUUCAAGGAAUCUGUAAAAGGCAAACUGAAGAAAUUUGGAACAGCCUGUAUUCACAUGAACCUUAUGAGUUGGACUUAACAAGAGCACUCUCAGAGGAGAAAUAUGGAAAGUUUUUAGAACCUGGAAAUUGUACCACAUACGAUCUUGUUUCAGCUGUUAGAAGGCAGUCUCCUUUCUUUUAUCAGGUAUCCAGACCUCACAUGGGCAACUGUAUAUUUCUUGAAGAAGCUGUGGCCAGAUAUAAGGGAUUCCUGCAUCUAAUCAAGAGAAACAGGGAGAGGUCCAUAAAGCGUUUUUGUGUCCCGACUUAUGACAUUGACCUGAUCUGGCAUACGCACCAAUUGCAUGCUAGUGCAUAUUCCAAAGAUCUGACUGAAGUACUUGGAAAGAUAUUGGAGCACGAUGACAUGGAUGCAGACAGAACGAAGGGUAAGAAGCUGGAUGUUGGAUUCUCUGGAACUACCAGACAAUGGGAGGAGACUUUUGGUUCAAGGUAUUGGAAGGCAGGGGCAAUGUACAGGGGCAGUUCCCCUACUCCUGUCACAACCAUCCCUUUCUCUUCUAACAUCAUGAACAAGGAGGCAGUUGCAUCAAGUGAUUCUCAGAAGAUUAUUCAUCUCCCUGAUUUGAAAGUUGUGGAGGUCGUCUUGGAGAUUGUGGGAGUCAAGAACUUACCAGAGGGUCACAAGGGAAGCCUCUCUGUCUUAUUCAGCAAAAGCCAACCUGAUGUUUUCUUUAACACUAAGAGGAAACUCAAAAUUUUAUCUGAGUCGCGGGAGAAGCAUGUUGCUUCUUUCCAAUGUGAACCUGUCGGAGAGCUUCUUAUCAAACUUGUAUCCCAUUCACCUUCAAAUCUACCAAUUAUAAGGGCGACAAAGACAAUGGGUACAGUUUCACUCUCUCUGCAAAACUUCCUGAAUCCAGUCUCUAAACUUUCAGUGGAGAAAUGGUUGGAGCUGGUGCCUAAGUCUGGCAAUGUGAGCUCAAAACCUAUGUACAUACGAGUUGCUGUCUCAUUUUCUGUUCCAACGCAAGCACCAUAUAUGCUUGAUAUGGUUUCCACCAAACCACAAACAAGAAGUUCUUGUUUCUUUCCCCUUCCUGGAAGGUCUGAUCAUUCCAAGGAAUGGACACAAGUUUUUAAUGAAACGGACUCCAUGGUUAUAAGCCUCCAAAUGAGGAACUCAACAAAGGUGGAAGGGAGAGACAACCACAUUCCUGUAAAGCAAGUGAUUGGGUUGACAAAUUCUGGUGAAUCCCGUACUCUAGCUGAGUUUAUUGGUUCGCGCUGGUCUCUUUUGGAUUCUAACUGGUGCCUUCAACCUCAAAAAAAAUCCAGUGAAGAUGGGCAUCUCUUUGAGCUCUUAGGCACUAGGAUGGUAAAAUUAUUCGAGGGUAGAAAACUCGAAUUCGAACCCAAACAUUUUGAGAAGCAGAAAAAUGAACAAGUUUUUAUGACUGCUGUCGAGUUUUCUGUGAAAGAUCCUUAUGGCACAGCAGUGGCAUUGUUUGACUUGAAAUCAGGACUUCUCAAGGUAAAGGAAGAAUGGUUGGUGUUGCCUGGGAUUAUCUCAGCAUUUAUACUCUCUGACACUACGAAGAAUGAAGGAUCCGAAGGCCUCAUCAUUAAUGGUGUAAAUCUGAAGAUGGAUAACGUGCUUGAAGGCAAUGUGGUCCCUGAGGAAGCUAAAGAAACUAAGCCGAUCACUUGUGUGGAAACUGAAAUGGAAUUGAACAUCAAUGCAGAGACGAGAACUGUAUUAAUGGCUGGAGAAGACAGUGAAAAUGGAAAUAUUGCAAGGAGUGGAGGAUGUGGUGGCUGUGGUGGUGGUUGUGGGAACAAUGCAAUGAGUGGCGGCUGUGGCAGUGGAUGUGGUAGUGGCUGCGGUGGUGGUUGUGGAAACAUGGCAACAAGCGGCUGCGGUGGUUGUGGAAUCAUGGUGGAGGCUGGUAGUGGCUGUUGUGAGGAAGCAGUACAAAGUGGUGGAUGUGGCGGCGGCUGUGGUGGUGGAUGUGGCGGCGGCUGUGGUGGUGGUUGUGGAAACAUGGCAAAGAGCAGUGGCUGUGGCAGCGGGUGCGGUGGUUGUGGAAACAUGGUGGAGGCUGCUAGUGGCAGUGGUGAUGAAACAGUACAAAGUGGUGGUUGUGGCAGUGGGUGUGGGGGUGGUUGUGCCGAGAAAGCUAUACAUGAAAGCAGCAUUGAACUUCCCUGCGCUAAGGAAACACCCAUCUACGCAACUACAGCUGUAUUUGCUUGAUCUUUCUCUUCUAGCAAUACAACGAGGGAAAAAAGCAGCUGCAUUGAACGCUUGAUAAAAUAAUGUUCUACUUUGAUGUUGUCCGUCUUUGCUUCAGUUUGGAGCUUGUUGCUUCUAUUUAGCUUUAUGUGGAGGUUGUAUGCAAUAUUGUGACAAGUAUAGACUUGAACAAGAUUCUUCCUUUAAUUGGAAAAAACUAAAAGAGGAUGGCAAGUGUAAGAACAUAUCUUCAUCUACAAAUCCUCUUUAUGCCUUCAUUUGUUUA